AGAAAGGAAAACAAGAAAAUCACUUCCAAAACAAAACAUCCAUUCUGAUCAAGUCAAACAUAACACGCAUUAUUUUCGUAACUGAAAGCUCAUCGACUCUCUCAUUAGAAGGAAAUGAGCCCAUGAAAGAUCCAUGAACGAGCAGAUAUUGGGAUCACAUCAGAAGAAGAUGAAUGUGAUUGAUGUCGAGGACAAAACUACGGUUAUCACUGACAAUAGAGUCAUCAUCAGUGUCUAUACCGAAUCCGCAGCCAAAUUUUCAGAACGGAAGACUCGCCCAAUAAGGAGAGCUAAGGCACUUCAAUUUCCUGGAAGGGAAACAAUUGGAAGAACAGCUGGCUAUAAUCGCCGGGCACAGCUCCUUGGCUAUGCCGGAAAACUUAGGAGUAUUCAUCAGGAUCUCUCAUCGGACCGACUCCCAGGGCCCAAACAGAAGAGGAGGUCGUUGAUUGUGCCAGAAAGGCUUCGGAUCUUGUUUGAUCGGAUGUUCAGAAAGGCAAAUAGGAGAUGGAGAUAUGAGCGUAUCGUGUCGGACGAAAAUGCAGAAGAUGAUGGGUUGCGCAGUUCCAAAUGCAUGGAGAUGCAGAGGAAGAAGAAGGUGGAGACAGAGAUUCCAUUCACUGUAAGGAAAAGCUUGAACCGCAUUCUGCACUACAAUGAGAAAAGCACUUACGUUCUCAAUGAAAAUGAUCAUGAAGAGACGUCCCGAGCGGACAAUGAUCGUGAUGGGAAGGGAUGCAGUGAGCAGACGAGCGGGAAUCUUCUUCGUCCCAUUACCCACACAGAGGUGGUCUCCUCAACCUUAUAUGCUCCUGUCAUGUUCUAAUUUCAUGGGUUGAAGUUCGGCUCCUCUAUGGACCCUGAAAUUUCCUUUGAACAAUCUUUUUGUACCUGUAACUCUCUUCGGUAAUAAAAAUUGCACAUAACAUCUGCAAUAA